CCGUCAUUCCUUCCUGUCGCGACAUCGACAUCUCUUUCUUUUCCCCAUAAUGCGUGCUGUCGCUCUUUCAACAGCAGUUCUUAUCGCCGCUUCGGCGGUCGUUGCUCAAGAUAAGCCCGUUUUUGAGGCGACCACGAUCAAGGCUCCAUUCCUCGAGCAGUUCACGGACGACUACUCCGAGCGCUGGACGCCAUCCGAGGCGACCGUGCAGACUCCAGUUGGGGGCGAAACUUACUCAUACGUCGGGAAGUGGGCUCUUGAGGAGCCAACAACGCCCCUCUUCAGCGGUGACAAGGGCUUGGUUGCCAAGACCAAGGCCGGCCACCAUGCUAUCUCCGCUCCAUUCGCCGAGGCUGUCGACCCGAAGGGCAAGACUCUUGUUGUUCAGUACGAAGUGAAGUACCAGAAGGGUGGCAACUGUGGUGGUGGCUACAUUAAGCUUCUGGAGGAGGGGUUCCAGACCAGCGGAAAGGAUUUCAACGACAAGACUCCUUGGGUUAUCAUGUUCGGCCCUGAUUUGACGUGCCCCGGUACCAAAGUUCACUUCAUCUUCCGUCAUAAGAACCCGAUUACUGGUGUCGUUGAGGAGAAGCACCUGAAGAAGGCGCCUAAGCCCAUCAUUGGCACCGAGACGAAGCUGUACACCCUUAUUGUGAACCCCGACAACACCUACGAGAUCCUCAUUGAUGGUAAGAGUGAGGUUAGCGGGAGUUUGCUCGAAGACUUCGACCCUGCCGUCAACCCACCCAAGGAAAUCGACGACCCCAGUGACAUCAAGCCAGAGGACUGGGUUGAUGCCGCCAGGAUUCCCGACCCUGAGGCAACCAAGCCCGAAGACUGGGACGAGGAUGCGCCUGCUCAGAUUCUCGAUGAAGAAGCUGAGAUGCCCGAAGGGUGGCUCGAGGAUGAGCCGGUUAAGGUCGCUGAUCCUGAUGCGGAGAAGCCAGAGGAGUGGGACGAUGAGGAAGAUGGCGACUGGGUUCCUCCCAUGGUCGACAACCCGAAGUGCAUGGUUGCCCCUGGCUGUGGUCCUUGGAAGCGCCCCUUCAAGGCCAACCCAGCUUACAAGGGUAAGUGGGCGGCACCCAUGAUUGACAACCCGGCAUACAAGGGCCUUUGGGCACCUCGGAAGAUCGACAACCCUGAUUACUUCGAGGAUCUCCAGCCCUCUGAUCUCAACAAGAUCGGCGCUGUCGGUAUCGAGCUCUGGACCAUGACCGAAGACAUCCUCUUCGACAACAUCUACGUCGGCCACUCUGUCGCUGAUGCCAAGGAGCUGGCUGCGGAGACCUUCGACGUCAAGCAUGGAAUCGAGGAGGCCGCUAAGGCAAAGGCUAAGGCAGAGGAGACUGCGGCUGCUGAGGGCCCCGCAUCGUCUUGGAAGGACGACCCGGUCGCCUUCAUCCGUGCUCAGGUUACCAAGUUCAUUGAUCUCGCCAUCAUCGACCCUGUUGCUGCCUUCAAGGCGAUGCCCGAGGUUGGCGGCGCACUUGUUGCGACUGCCCUCACCCUUCUCGGCCUGCUUGCUGCUAUCUCCGGUCUCGUGGGUGGUUCCUCCAAGCCUGUCAUUAAGGCGACCAAGCCGGCACAGAAGGAGAAGGCGCCUGUUGCUCCGGCCGGGGAGCAGAAGAAAGAAGAGUCAGCAGCGAAGAAGCGUACUGUCGCGCAGUAGAUCAGCCCACUACAAUGUGCGAGGUUGGGCACGUGGUAAAAUUCGAUGGACAUGCCCAUCGGACAUUCGGAGCGAAUAUGGGAGCGAAAGAUUGAUAGCACCGGCGUGGAGCGGCGAGGAAGAGCAUAUCGGCGUAGUGUCUGCAUAUGUAGGAGAUAUAGCUCUAGUCACACAACUUUCCUUUGCAUCUAUGAUUUCCUUAUUGUCUACAUUGGUUCCAAUGCUUGUGCCUAUGAUGAGUGA